GCUUCUUCCCUUUCUCCCUUUUCAUUCAGAUUGAGAAUCCAAUGAUUUUACGGCCAAACGAGACAAAAACUUUACGUCCUCCCUGAUUGUCCCAAAAAGUUCCCAGAUUUUGCAUCAAACUAUCGCUAAACGAUGAUAUUUCGAAACGGUAUUCAUCGAGACAUCGGUUGGAAGAGACGAGGCGCGUGCCUUGGCGCACACGCAGUCAUCUAGUAUCUUAACGAGGAGUUUUGAGGCUGUCGUGCACACAAAGCAGGAAAGAAAAACAAUCGUCACCUUGGCAAAAAAGAGGAAGAACGACCAAAGAAGAAAUGGAAAAAAAGAGAGGAAGAAAAUCCUCAGGAUUCGAAAAGGGUUGAAGCAACACGUCUUCUCUUACCACAUCUGCGUUUGAUUUCUUAUUUCCUAAGUCUAUCAUGUUUUGUCUUCACUAUUCGUGAUGGACGCAUGUCCAUAAUUUGUUUCUGCUAUAAGUACGUUAUAAUAAACAUGUCUGCCCAUGAUUGUCAUGCUUUCUCUAGUUAAUUGUUUGGUCAUCUCUCGGACGUAGAAUGAGACAGACGUAGAGGUAAAUUCCAUCUUUUGCUUUGGUUUUAAAAAUCAAAAACAGAGUAGGCCCACGUCUGAUGUUAUCGCAUUGGGAGUUUCAGAGCAUCUUCUUCCGUGCGAGCAUUACUUUUUGUUGAAGCUGAUGCAGUAGAGGAGCCAUUGUUUCUUGCUCAUGAUGGAGCUGAAUAAUAUAUAUUAAUGGACGAUUACACAUUUUUUGAUCUGGAUCUUGCUUUUGCUCUGGCUAGUAUGCAAUUCGAAGUUUUCUUCUGGGAUCUGGGACCCAAUUCUUCUCACAGGAUUGUCUCGCUUAUGAUGAUGUUCUGUAAUAAUUCAGUCAGCAAAGCAGAACCGUUUUCUUCCACAUCUUUGUCCAUUUUGAGAAUCUUUUAGUGUGAGUCACUUUCAUAUGUUCUUUUGGUUUUGCGUUCCUGUUGUCACGUUGUGUUAUUUAAUAUAAGUUCAUUCAAUGAAGAGAAAUUAAACCGUAAGCGGUUCUUCGUAUGACAAAACCACAAGCCUGAAGAGUUCUUUUUGGUCUUCCCCUUAUUGGCCUCUUUUCAGUAGAAGGCCUCUUAUCUGAUUCUUGUUGUUUGAUGAAAAUUUGCAUAUAUCACAUCAUAUACACCUUCUUUGAUAUCUGUUCUGUGUAGGGGUGGCAAAGCAUUGAACUUGGAGGCGAAACUUUUUCCACAAAAAAAGAUGGGGUUCUUUGAUCUUCUGUUAGUUGCUUCGAUGCCAGUUUUGAAAGUGCUUCUUGUGACUGCUCUGGGAUUAUAUCUUGCUCUUGAAAAUGUUGACGUAAUGGGGGAGAGCACAAGGAAGCAAUUGAAUAGAGUUGCAUUUUUCGUGUUUAAUCCAGCGCUAGUUGGCAGCAACCUGGCCAGGACAGUUACUUCAGAGAACAUCGUUCAAUUGUGGUUCAUGCCAAUCAAUAUCCUGAUUACGUUUAUCAUUGGAUCGGCACUUGGAUUCAUACUUGUAAAGGUCACUCGAGCACCGCAGCAUGUAAAAGGCCUUAUAUUAGGUUGCUGUGCCUCUGGAAAUCUGGGAAAUUUGCCUCUGAUUAUCAUCCCGGCAGUAUGCAAAGAGCAAGGCAGUCCAUUUGGAGCGCCUGAUGUUUGCCAUAAAUACGGGAUGGCUUAUGCUUCGAUUUCUAUGGCGAUAGGAGCUGUUUACUUGUGGUCUUAUGUUUUCAACAUCAUACGGGUGUCUGCAAGUAAAAUGACAAGAGAAGAACAUAAGAUAGACGAAUCAGUGAAAGAUACAGAAUGUACAGUAGAUACGAAGAAGUUAGUCCAAGAGUGCCCUGAAGCACUUCUUCCAUCAACAAAGCGCACCUCUACGGAUGACUUGGAUGAAUUGACGCUUCCUUUGGUAAAUCCUGACUCGAAUUGCCAGGUCUCAACUUGGGGCAAACUUAAGCAAUGCUUAACAAAGAUCUCGAAGAAGAUCAAUCUCCAGUCAUUGUUGGCACCAUCAACUAUUGGAGCGCUUGUCGGGUUUAUUGUGGGUGUUGUACCACACAUCCGAGGUUUACUGAUUGGCACUGGCGCUCCCUUAAGGGCCAUAGAAGACUCUGCUUCUUUACUGGGGGAUGCAGCCAUCCCUGCUGUUACCUUGAUUAUGGGAGGAAAUCUUCUCAGAGGAUUGCGGGGUUCGGGUGUUCAGCUAUCUCUGAUUGCCGGAGUUGUAGCGGUUCGGUACAUCUUUCUUCCUAUUGUCGGGAUUGUCGUGGUGAAAGGUGCACUGUACUUUGGUCUGGUGCAUGACGAUCCACUAUAUCUGUUUGUUCUCCUUCUACAGUAUGCCCUUCCUCCGGCUAUGAACAUAGGCACGAUGACCCAGUUGUUCGGAGCAGGAGAGAGUGAGUGUUCCGUUGUGAUGCUGUGGACAUAUGCCUUGGCUUCGGUUGCGCUAACAGUUUGGUCAACGUUCUUCAUGUGGCUAGUAGCUUGACUUUCUUUGGCUGACUUUCUUCACGGACGAUCUCCUCACUAGUAGCUUUAGAAAGCUAGUUUUGUUUGGGUUGAUGCAUUUUCCGUCGUGUUCGAGAUUGGUUUUGUAACAUACAUGGAAAAUAAGGUGUCACUGCUUUCGUGCAUUGACCACAGUACUCAUCAUAAUUCUUUACGCUAGCAAUUGUGCAUGGCCAAAUUAAUACCGCCAGAGAAUUUUGGCUGU